CUUUCGCGCAGGACCUCCCUGUGUCAGGGGUGAACACCGUUAUCUUCUCCUCCUGCACCGAGUCUCUGUCACUCCACUUCAAGAGGCUGCAGAGAUAAUCAAAAGGAACCACCACGCCUGUUGCUCAAUUAAUUUACUUCUUUAACUUUGACUACUUUUUUGAAAUCCGUUCCCUGAAGAGCUGCUCGUCCAGAAGACAACUUCAUAUACAGUGUAUGACUUUUACUCCCUUUUUCUUUUGUCGCUAGAGGGAACAUUAAGACCCUCCGGGGCUCACCACUGCUUCCUGCAGGGGAGGCAAUCCAGCCCCAUUAAUCCAGCCGGUCACCCGCAGUCCGUCCGGGAACACGCACUGAACACAGCUAUGGAGUACCUCAAGUUUUGUUUUGUGUUUUCCUGCUGGAUGAAGUUUGCGACUUCUCUCUCCUCCACCGAAACACCUCAAACUCCCGCGCCCAUUCCUCCAGAAAAGUUGCUGGUCCUAACUGUUGCAACCGAGGAAACAGAUGGCUUCCUGCGCUUUAUGAAGUCUGCAAACUAUUUCAACUACACUGUGAAGGUGCUGGGAAUGGGGGACCCAUGGAAAGGUGGUGAUGUGGGUCGCUCCAUCGGCGGAGGACAAAAGGUCAGACUACUGAAGGAGGCCAUGGAGGCUCUGGCUGAGCAGGAGGAUCUGGUCGUCCUUUCUGUGGACAGCUAUGAUCUUAUCUUUGCUGGGGGGCCGGAGGAGAUUCUCAGGAAGUUCCAGCAAGCCAAUCACAAAGUGCUCUUCGCUGCAGAGGGCCUGAUAUGGCCGGAUAAGCGGCUGGCUGACAAGUACCCCUCGAUCCGCAGUGGCAAGCGCUACCUCAACUCUGGAGGUAUCAUCGGCUACGCCCCGCACAUACACAGAAUUGUUUCUCAGUGGAAUCUCCACGACAACGACGAUGACCAGCUCUUCUACACUAAACUAUACUUGGAUCCCUUAAAGCGAGAAUCUCUCAAUAUGACUUUGGACCACAAGUGCCAAAUUUUCCAGAACCUGAAUGGGGCUGUUGAUGAAGUGCUUCUAAAGUUUGCAUCAGACCGCGUGAGAGUUAGGAACACCGUGUAUGACUCUCUGCCAGUGGUUGUCCAUGGCAACGCAAACACCAAAAUGUACUUGAACUACUUGGGCAACUACGUCCCCAAUACCUGGAACUACGAGCAUGGGUGUAGCCACUGUGAUGAUGACACUGUGGAUUUGUCUCAGUUAAAAGAGUAUCCAAAUGUUCUCAUUGGAGUUUUUAUCGAGCAGCCCACUCCUUUCCUUCCUGAGUUCUUCCAGCAGCUGCUGACCCUGGACUAUCCCAAAGAUAAACUCAACCUUUUCAUCCACAAUAAUGAGGUUUACCACGAGAAGCACAUCCAGAGGUUCUGGGAUGAGAACAGGAACACGUUCAACAGCUUCAAGGUUGUGGGACCAGAGGAGAAUCUGAGCCAAGGAGAGGCCAGGAACAUGGGCAUGCAUCUUUGCCGCAAGGAUGCCACAUGCGACUUCUACUUCAGCAUCGAUUCGGAUGUGAUGCUCACCAACAGACAGACGCUGAAGCUCCUCGUCGAGCAGAACAGAAAAAUAAUUGGCCCCCUUGUCACUCGUCACAGCAAGCUGUGGUCCAACUUCUGGGGAGCCUUGAGUCUGGAUGGUUAUUACGCUCGCUCGGAGGAUUAUGUCGACAUUGUGCAGAGGAAACGUGUGGGUGUGUGGAACAUUCCUUUUAUGGCACAUGUAUACCUUGUCAAGGGCACUACCUUGAGGAAUGAGCUGAAGGAAAGGAACUUCUUUGUCCUGGAGAAACUAGAUCCUGAUAUGGCUUUGUGUAGGAAUGCAAGAGAAAUGACCAGUCACAGAGAAAAAGACUCCCCUUCUCCGGAAUCAUUCCAUAUGCUCAGGCCCCCAAAGGGUGUCUUCAUGUACAUUACAAACCGUCACGACUUCGGGAGGCUCAUUUCCACGGCCAAUUAUAACAUUUCACAUUACAACAGUGACUUGUGGCAGAUAUUUGAAAACCCAGUGGACUGGAAGGAGAAGUACAUCCACCAAAAUUACACUCAGAUUUUCACUCAGAACUACAUGGAGGAGCCCUGUCCAGAUGUGUUCUGGUUCCCAGUGUUCUCAGAGAAGGCCUGUGAUGAAAUAGUGGAGGAGAUGGAGCACUACGGGACCUGGUCUGGAGGCAGACACGAGGACAAGCGGAUCACCGGCGGCUACGAGACCGUGCCGACGGACGACAUUCACAUGAAGCAGAUCGGCUUCGACAAAGAGUGGCUGCACUUCAUCAGAGAGUUCAUAUCCCCCGUCACUUUAAAAGUCUUCUCUGGAUACUACACAAAGGGUUACGCUGUAAUGAACUUUGUGGUUAAAUACACACCUGGGAGGCAAGCGUACCUGAGGCCCCAUCACGACUCCUCCACCUUCACCAUCAACAUCGCCCUGAAUAACAAAGACACAGACUUUCAGGGUGGAGGUUGUCGUUUCCAUAGGUAUAACUGUUCCAUUAAUUCACCGAGGAAAGGCUGGAGCUUCAUGCACCCGGGACGACUGACUCAUCUGCACGAAGGCCUGCCCACCACCAACGGCACGCGCUACAUCGCAGUCUCCUUCAUCGACCCUUGAACUGAACUUUUAUGUAAAUUAGUCUCUUGACCUUGCUUUGCCUUUUUUUCUUGCCAAGUUUGUGUGUGUGUGUGUUUUUCUCCCCCCUGUCAUUUGACGUGUUGUGUCCUUACAUGUUUUGCUGAUGAUGCAAUUCUUUUUCAAGGCAAAAACUGAAAGAAAAAAUGAUGGCAUUAAAGGAAUCUCUGUCAAACAGAGUAGACGAGAAAGGGAGGUGAAACGAUAAGAAGCACAGAUUAGAAAGAAACACAUUUCCAUUAUUUGUUUUCUUUGUGAAGGUUGAAAACAUCCAGCAAAGAUGAACUGGUACUGUAACUUUAAAGCUUUUACACUGUCAUAGCCAUUAUUCAGACACACUGGUAGCUUUGCCUGCAGUUAGAUUAACUACGCUAGCAUACUCAUAGCUGCUGUGUUUCAGGUUGAAUUCACUGACUCCAUUUAUUCUGUUAACAAAUAACUGUCAUUGCUUCAAGACUGACGACUGGUGCUUUCCAUCGAUCCUCGUUCGUGCAUUAGAGAUUCAGGUCACUAUUUGGUGGAGUGCAAGUUUUUGUAAUUUAUUUAAAGUUGAAUUUGUGCCCAAUAAAAAUAACUUUAUUUUUGGAAUAUUGCACACAACAACAAAAAAAAAGACAUGGCAGAAUUCAAUAUGAGUUCUGUUUGAAUGAAGUUCAAUAUUUUUGUUUUUACUUGAAAGGAUUUUCUCUUCCCUGCUUUGAAAUGUGCUCGUUUCAUUUGAUUUCCCGAAGAAACAUUCUGCAAUUUUUUUUUUUUCUGAGAGAUGUGUGAACGUUUUUUUUUUUGUUUUUUUAACUCAGAAAAGUUUUUUUAA